AUGUCUGUCCGGCAGCUGACCUACACGACAGGUGCACAGGAGAUUUGUGAUCAGGUUGGUGAAGCCUGGUUGCAGGACCUUGGCAUGAUUCGUGGCACUUUGCUUGACUGGUUAUUUGCAAUUUUCCGUGCAGCGGAGAGUGAAACAGGGUGGCCUCAGCGAUUGCUUGCUGCCAAAGUUGCGUUGCUUGCCAAGUUGGAGCUGGUCCCCACGGACCCUUUGCAGACACGACCUAUAACGAUCAUUUCCCGGCUCUACAGAUCGUGGUCCAAAUACCGCUCCACGCAAGUCCUGGAUUACCUCCGCGAUAUAGUCCCUGCUGCUGUGGGAGGUGGCCUUUCGGGCACCAGUGCCGACAUGCUAUGCGCCCUGACCCUCUGUCGACUUGAGGAGGCCCGUGCAGAGGGCUACCAGCUCUGCGGUGCAGUUCUGGACGACAUCGCGAAAUGCUAUAACGCAAUCCCACGGGUGCCCCUUCUGGCUUUGCUGGUCCCACUGGGUCUUCCGAGGGAGUACAUAUAUGAUUUCGCAGGGGCCCUUGAGCAGCUUGUCCGGCACAUCGAGGUCUUGGGGCACCCCGCCUUUUAUGCGGAUAACUGGGGCCUCUUCGCCACAGAUGCGUUGGAUUUACAGGCAAGCCUCUCCAAGCUGACUGAACUCAUCCGGACAUGGCAAAUGCAGAUUGCAGUGGAUAAGAGUUGGGUUUGGGGAUCACACCCAACUGUGCGGAAGUCCCUACGUGAUGUUGCAGUGGAGGGGCAGUCCUUUCCUCUUCGCUAUGAUGCUAAGGACUUGGGGUGCGACAUGGCUUACACUGGAAAGGUUUCCAAGAAGACUUUGACUCGCCGUUGGUCCAAGGCGAAGACUGUUUUGGGGAGGCUUCGUGGCAAGCGCCUUAUUCCCAAGACAUUCACAUCUUCUAUUGCCAGAUCUGCAGGGUUGGGUGCUGCUCUUUAUGGUUCUGAGUUGACUCAUUCCACCCAUUUGCAGUGGAGGACCUUACGCAGUGCAGUGGGCAAGAGCCUACAUUAUGCUGGUGCUGCUGGUUCGACAUUGCUUGCUUUGGCUGUCUUUGAACCUGACCUUGAUCCACAACGUGCACGUAUACUGCGGGUCUGCAAGUUCUGGCGCCGAGUUUUUCGGGUCUUUCCAGGCCUGCGAAGUUCCUUCUGCAAACGGUUGGUUGGGGGCAUGAGUUGCCAAUCCUGGUCCCAAGCUUUGCGUAAGACCUUCUUGGCCAUUGGUGUUUCAUGCGAGCAUGAGGGUUUGAUCACUAUUGACUCUGGUCUCCAAUGCUCAUGGCUUGUCGACAGUUGGCAGUCAGUUGUUCUGUUCAUCGACAUUGCUUGGAGGCAUCAUGUUUGUGCUUCGUUACAAGACAGGAAGGACUUUGACCUGCUGACCUUCGAACCAGGUCCCUGCCGACAGAGUUUGCGCUCCCUUUCACCUCAAGAAGGGGGGAUCCUCAAAGUCAUUUGCGGUGGGAGAAACGUCACGAAUGACAUCAUCAGCAAAUAUAGUGCUGCUGUUCCGAUUUCGGCUUGCCCCAAGUGCACAUUGGUGGACGGGAAGACCCACCGCUUGUUUGCUCGCGCGGGUCACCGGCCCUUUAUUCACCAAAAAAAUUCAAUCACCUAG